GCACAGAGAGAGAGCGAGAGAGAGAGACUGCACACAGACAGACAAAGACACGGCGGAACGAACGGGAGAAAGCGCUGUAAUACCUCUGUAGCAUUCCACGCGUGAAAACUACCAGGAAAACAAUGAGCAGACCGCGCGAGUGAGCGGUGCCGAGGCGGGACGCGUGAUCCGAGCGCGCGCUGGGGGUCGAAUUUGACCGCGAAUGCUUUUGAAACGAGUAUUUUUCCCCAACGCCCCCCAACGAUAAACGUUAGCAGCUCCGCUAGCGGUUAGCCAUCAUCACCAUCUCCCUCAUCUUCCACAAAACACCCGACACGAGCAGCGAGCGGGACGGGAGCACAUCAGGAAGCGUGCUUGGUUCGGUGUCUGAUGCACACGCGGGGACGACUAUGCCAAGCCCGUUGUUUCACCCUGACAUCAUGGACCACGAGAUGGUUGUGAGCAGCACUGGACCGUCCGGCGGGGUCACCGAGCAGGAGCCCAGGGACGAGGACCAUCAGGAGGCGCUGCGCUUCGCUCUGGAUCAGCUGUCACUCAUAGCAAUGGAGAAGGUCGACUGUCUGGACGGCACCUCGGCCGGUGAGAACUGUAAUGGAGGAGUUGGAUACGUCGACCUGCAGAUGCUCGAGCACACCAAUGGCUCCCGGGAAUCCCCUGGUUCCUGCUCGCCUUCUCCGGAGUACUACGGCCCGGGAGGAGGGGGAUACCACAUGGCCGGCCCGCACUCCUCCAUCCUCGGAGAACAAAGCUCGGUGCUCCGCAAGAGAAGCGUCAACAUGACAGAGUGCGUCCCGGUGCCCACCUCAGAGCAUGUGGCCGAGAUCGUCGGCAGGCAAGGUUGCAAGAUCAAAGCACUCCGUGCGAAAACAAACACCUACAUCAAAACCCCGGUGAGAGGAGAAGAGCCCGUGUUCAUCGUGACGGGCCGCCGCGAGGACGUGGAAAUGGCCAAACGUGAGAUUGUCUCAGCGGCUGAGCACUUCUCCAUGAUCCGCGCCUCGCGCUGCAAAGCCGGCGCAAACGGCCCCGGAUCGAGCGGCUCGCUUCCCGGCCCUCCCAAUCUCCCAGGACAGACCACCAUCCAGGUGCGCGUUCCCUACCGCGUCGUGGGCCUAGUGGUGGGACCCAAAGGAGCCACGAUCAAACGCAUCCAGCAGCAGACGCACACUUACAUCGUGACACCCAGCCGCGAGAAAGACCCUGUAUUUGAAGUCACCGGCAUGCCUGAGAACGUGGAUCGCGCGCGAGAAGAGAUCGAAACGCACAUUACUUUGCGCACCGGUGCUUUCGUUGACCUCCAAGGCGAUAAUGACUUCCACAACAAUGGGACUGAUGUGAGUUUAGAGGGUCUCGGGUCACUCGGUUUGGCCGGUGCACUUUGGUCACGUGCGACUCACUCGGCGCCUCCACCUCCGCCACAGAUUAACCAUUCGUCGCGCAAAAUGUCAACAGAGUCAUUCUCGGCGACUCGACGGGCGGCAGAUGGCGGGGGAAGCCCGACAAGUCCAUUUAGCACGAGCAGCGCCGGCGGGAGCUUCUCCUUCGCGGCUGAUUCGACUCAGAAUUUGCCGGCUGCGUCUGAAGAUCUGGGUUUCGAAUUCAGUGCUGCGAAUAUCUGGGCGCCGUUUGCGAACGGCGGUAAGCAACAGACGCAGACAGUCCGUCGCAACAGCAGCGUCCUCAGCGGAGGAGCUGUAACCCCGCGCCUCUCGCCCGACCCAGAUCACCCGCUCGCCCGCCGGGCCCAAAGCGACCCCCUUAGCACGCUCUCCUGGCUCCAAACGGGCACUGGAAGCUCGUUCUCGGGCGGAAGCAGCAGCAGCGGUGGAAGCAGCACUGGAUACUCAUCUUGCUCUGCGUCGUCGCUCCCGGGUGGCUCGCCAACUGAUUCAGAAGGAGGUGGAAGCGGAGUGGGAAUCGCUUCCACUAUGUUGGGACGCCUCAAAGCGGGCGGCCUGGCUGGGAUGGUGUCUCGGGAUUGUUUUGUGUGUUGCGAAUGCGAGGUGACCGCUGCGCUCGUUCCAUGCGGUCAUAAUCUCUUCUGCAUGGAUUGCGCCGGGCAGAUCUGCCAGUCGCCGGAUCCCGAGUGUCCCGUUUGCCACACUCCUGCCACACAGUGCAUCCGGAUCUUCUCUUAAAACGAAAACUGCCUUGAGUAAUUAUUAGAUAUGACACUAUUCCGAUUUAUUGACAGUAGUAGUAAUAAUAAUAAUAAUAAUAAUAGCAACAACAGUGACUUUAUUACCCACUCAAGUACUUGUCAAACUGCGUCUUAUCUUUAGCUAUUCAUAUUCAGUGGGUUGUUUUUCCAUUCAUGCUUCCGACUUUUUCUACUCGCAGAUUUUUCAACUUUUACGCUGCACUUUUUUCUAACGCGUAUUCCGUGUUGCCGAUGCAGUAGUUUUUAAAUUAUUUUUGCGUUUUUUUAAUGCGAAAGCUGCGCUCGUUUAGACCAAAACAUGAGAUAUUCCUGUUUUAUUGUCGAACACUUAAUAUUUAUACGCGUUACGAGUCGAUACGCAACGUGCUAGUGGAUGUAGGAUCUGAAAUCGCUAGAAUAGUACAUGUUAUGAAUAUGAUUACCGUGCAUUUUCUCAUUUUGCCACACUACCUUAAAACAUUCACAUGUCGGUUCAUUCCUGCACUCCAGAAACAGGGUUGAUAGUAUUUAACAAGGAGUUUUUAUCUGUUACAACUUUUCGAAUCAAACAGCAUAUUGAAUUAUCUUUCGAAUGUUUAGUCGUGAAUGUGCGCGAGAGCGAAUGCGACACACAGAAAUGUCUUUCGCUGGAGUUUGCGUCUGUCUUCCGGUCCUUGCGAGAGCGUUUCGUUAACGAUUGCUCGACCCCGUACGCUGCCUAUGAACAAAUCUGUAGUCCUGCCGAACGGUUUUUACACGACAAGCCAUGCUUUCACACUCUAAAGGGCUUCCGGUUACACACUACACUUCAGGUUGUCCUAAUAAACAGGAUGCUAGUCAGCGUGGCAGCUAAAUCACCAGGGCUUCCGUAUGUUUUAGCAAUCCACGAGCUGUUUUUUCCUUGAACACGCAGGACACCGACGUCUUAAAGGGCGUGAAUGCGUUUCGGUUUGUACAGGGUUUUUUUUUCCUCUAGAUGCGGUUUUAGAUUUUUCUUUGGCGUGUCUAAUAUAUUAAACGUGCCAGGAUUCGAGAGCUAACGGUGCCUUGGUGGUGAAACUCUCACUGCCGGGAACGAAGAUUGUGACGUAAUCUCUCUCCGCUCUUCCAGUUUUAGUGAUUUUUAUAGAGAGCCGUGUCGAAUCAGAGCUGCUCGUUAUCUUCUUUUUGUCCCCAGACGUUGUUAAAAGUAGUGUAAUUGGUUGAAAGGUACAAGAAGCAAGUAGUUUUUCCGGUUGUGUGUUUGUGACGUGUUUUGGUUGUGGCAAUGAAGGUCAUGUUACUAGUGAAGAAUUGGCCUGAAGUCGAAUGGUUUCCUUUAGUUUCUUUUUCCUCAAACAGGGUUCGCUGAGGACGAUCUUUUUGGAAAGACGUCAGACGCUGUUUUCCCAUGAUUCAUUUGUGCCCUUAACUCGCUCGGCUUUUACAUUCGCUUUCUUUUGUACGCAGAACCAAAAGCGAUUUCAAUAACCGGAUUUCAGACUUAAUUGUAAAUAUUCUGAAUUACAAUCAUUGGGAUUUGUUUUCAAACGUAUGAUGGAAAAGGUUAAUGUAGUUUUUAAAACGCGUAUCAUUAUUUGUAAGUUAAACUCUCUGCAUGUCUUGAAGCCGUGAGGCAUUAGCGAAUAAUUUUCUAAAAAUGAAAAUGACAAAAAAAAAAAAACUUUUUUACACAUUUUAUUUUUACAAUUUAUUUGCUUAUCUUGACGUAAAUAUCCCAGAUUAUAAUGUGACCCUUUUAUUACAGCAAAUUUAUCUUUAUUUUCCAUAUUUCUGUUUCCUGUGUACAACAUAUAGGCAAUUUAUAACAAAAUGAGAAAAAAUUAUUGAAGAAAUUUAAAAUUGAAAUAUAUUUUAUUUGAAAGUUUAUGGACCUUUUAACCGUGAGCUGGAACAAUUGUAUACACGUAUAAUUUGAGCUGACUUGACGGUUAUAAGAAAUGUAUCAAGAGUUUUAUUUUUUAUGCUUCUUUAAUAAAAUCUUGUUUUUGUUUUCGUUUUUUGUACUGUAAAACAAUAA